GUGGAGUUCUUUUUUUUCUGCUUUCUUCUUACCCUUACCUUCCUCAUCUUGAUCUCUCUUUCACCUUUGUCGACUAUCUUGCUUUGGAAACUUCAACCUAAGGGACCAUAAGGCGGCGGCAUAUUCAAAUCUACAUAUAUGGUUGAUUUCUGAGGGUUGCGACUAGAACAACGAGGGAAUUGAUCUUGUCGAUGGAUUGGGUUUCUCCUAUUCAACUAGUAGGAAACUCGCUUUGGCGCAUCUCUUCAUAUUGGAUCUUGGUAGGAGUCAAAUUUGGCGAAACUAGUUCAUUCCAAUUUUCGAUCAGGCAAUUGAAUAUAGAGGGAAAUGGAUGUUAUUGGUGAUGCCGAUUAUGACAAAGGGGCUCUAAUAUGGAGGAUUGGCAAAAAGGAACAGGAUACUAUUGGUGAGGCUGAUUGUAUUCUGUAAGGGAAGAAUAAUAUUACGGAUGGUAAAGGGACUCUAGUUCCCUUAACAAGUUUCAACAGAGAGGGCUUGAAGCAUGGUUUUAAAAAUCAGAUCAGUGAUAGAAUCGGUUUAAUCAUCAAUUCCUAGUUUGGUCGGUCCAGUCAGUUCAAUUGGUCA